GCGGGGUUCGGGCAGGGGACCCGGGUGGCGAGGUGCGGCCUGGGGCGACUUCUAUUCGCCCCCGGCAUCGCUCGCCACCGACGGUGGUCUGAGCUAGCCAGGUCGUGGGCGCGCGAUCGGAAGGGACCCCGUGGCCGGCAGGCCUAGCUAGCCCAUCCCGCUGAUGCGGCCUGAGGGGAGGGCCCCCGAGACUGUGAGUCUUCAAUCGGACCCGGUUGGGGGCCCGCCAGCUCUAGAAUUGGGAGUUCAGGACUCUCCCUCCCCAGGCGGCCACCCAGAGCCCCCUACCCUACUGGAACCCAGGAGGGGGUCCCUGGGUAUUGUUCCCAUCUCCCACCUGGGCCCGGGGUCAGGAGUUCAUGAGGUCCUUUCCUCAGGAAGAGUAUCCAGAGGUUCUCCUCCCCCAGGACUUCAGGAAGGGGCCUAGCUUUUGUCCCCCACCCUCCCUCCAGUCUUGGAGCCUGGCGUUCUGGAAGCCCCUCCCUCAGAUCGUGGACUAGGGAUCCACCUGCUCCCCAUGAACUAAAGAAAAACCCCACUGAUCGCUCCUCCCACCUUCCAGUUAAGAAAUGGGAAUUCAGGAGGCCCCUCCCCCUGGAGGCAAUCUAAGGGCUUCUCUGCCCCUCAGGAACUCAGGAAAGGGGGGACCCAGGUAUUGUUCCCCCCCAUUGUCCAACUAGGGAGGUCUGGGUCCAGGAGGCUGUGCAGGAGCUCAGUUGUCUCUACUCCACCAUUCUCAGCUAUGGGGCUGUGGUUUACUAUGUCCCCUCCCCAAAGGAACAGAUCUAUUUAUUCUUUGCCUAGCGCCCAGCCAUGGGGUGAGUAGCUCAGCAUCUCUGCAACAGGUAAUCUUGAGCUCCUGGUUCCUCCCCAGAAGGGGUCCCAGCUAUUGUUUUUCAGCCUGUCUGUCUUGUCUGUUCCCAAUCAUGAUGCUGGAAUUCAGCUCAGUUCAGAAUCUUUCCUCCAAGAAAGAUGUGUUGACAUCAUCCUGGUGCCCCCGGCAUGGGAGGAGAUAGUCUGGGGCCUUCCCCUGUAACCUAGGAGGGUCCCAGGUAUUAUUUUCACCUACCCUCCAGCUAGCGGUUAGAAUUCAGGAUCUUCUAGGUCUAGUGCAGUUUAGCACACACCUGUAGUCUCAGCUACUUGGGAGCUUAGGAGGCAUAGGCAGGAAGAUCACUUGACCCCAGGAAUCCAAGACCAGUCUGGAUAGGAUAGUGAGACCCCAUCUCAGAAGAAAAAACAAACAAACAAACAAAAAGAAUUCGGGAUCUUCUAGCCAAUUGAGAAAACAGGACCCCAACUUCCCACAGAGGAGCCCAAGAUGGAGAGAGGGGCAGAGCCAUGGAGUUGGGCACUGGAGACCUCUAAUGCUGGGUCCCGUAACUACCAUCCAGAUCCUGCCCCAGAAGUAGGGGGCACUUCCACACCUGGGAUGCGGCGCUCUGUUCUGGUCAGGAACCCAGGCCACAAAGGCCUGAGGCCCCUUUAUAAAGAGCCUGACUCUGACUCAGAGGACCUGGACCCCAAUCCUGAAGAUCUGGACCCAGUUUCUGAAGACCCAGGACCUGACUCAGAAGACCUCCACAGUGUCUCAGAAGAUGUGGACCCCAGCUAUGAAGACCCGGGGCCAGUGUCAGAGGAUCUGGACCCUGAUGCUGAAUCUCCGAGCUCUAUCUUGGGGAACCGCAAUUCUGAACCCCAACAUCCAGACCCCAUGUCUUCAAGUUUCGACCUCGAUCCAGAUGUUAUCGGCCCUGUACCCUUGGUUCUCGACCCUAACAGCGACACCCUCAGCCCUGAUGCUCCAGAUAUGGACCCCCUUGAGUCCAAUCUCACUGCCACACCCCAGGUCUUGGCUACCAGCCCCGCGGUGCUCUCCGCCCCUGCCAGCCCGCCCCGGCCCUUCUCCUGCCCCGAUUGCGGGCGAGCCUUUCGCCGCAGCUCGGGGUUGAGCCAGCACCGCCGCACCCACAGCGGCGAGAAACCGUACCGCUGCCCUGACUGCGGCAAGUCGUUCAGCCACGGAGCCACGCUGGCGCAGCACCGCGGCAUCCACACCGGGGCCCGGCCGUACCAGUGCGCGGCAUGCGGCAAAGCCUUCGGCUGGCGCUCCACGCUGCUGAAGCACCGCAGCAGCCACAGUGGAGAGAAGCCACACCACUGCCCAGUGUGUGGCAAAGCCUUCGGGCACGGCUCGCUGCUGGCGCAGCACCUGCGCACGCACGGCGGCCCGCGGCCCCACAAAUGCCCUGUGUGCGCCAAGGGCUUCGGGCAGGGCUCAGCCCUUCUUAAGCACCUGCGCACGCACACGGGUGAGCGGCCUUACCCGUGCCCGCAGUGUGGAAAAGCCUUUGGGCAGAGCUCAGCGCUGCUGCAGCACCAGCGCACGCACACUGCAGAGCGCCCCUACCGCUGUCCCCACUGUGGCAAGGCAUUCGGGCAGAGCUCCAACCUGCAGCACCACCUGCGCAUCCACACGGGCGAGCGGCCCUACGCCUGCCCACACUGCUCCAAGGCCUUCGGGCAGAGCUCAGCGCUCCUGCAGCACCUGCACGUGCAUUCGGGAGAACGGCCCUACCGCUGCCAGCUCUGUGGCAAGGCCUUCGGCCAAGCCUCCAGCCUCACCAAGCACAAAAGGGUGCACGAGGGCGCGGCCGCCGCCGCAGCCGCUGCAGCUGCCGGCCUAGGCCUCGGGUCUGACCUGAGCUCGGCAUCUGUAAUGAGACCCGGACAGGUUUCCCUUCUGGGUCCCAGGGCUGUCUCCAUGCUGGGCUCUGGCCUGGGCCUCAGCCCUGGCACCAGCUCUGGCAGUGGCCCUGACCCUGGCUCUGAGUUGGGCACUCUCCAAAAUCCCAGCCCCAAGCCCCUCUCUAGCUCCAAAUCCACCCCCAGGCCUAAUCCAGUGGAAUCUUCUGACCCUAAGCCUAGGCACAAUGCCGAUCCUGACCUUGUGCCCAGGCCUGACCAUAAAUUUGAUCCUGGCCUCAACCCUGAUCCUGUGCCCAGUCCUGACCCCUGCUCCCCAACCCAUGACACUGUCAGCCCAGCCCUCCCUACUGGCCAGAGUUCUGAGUGGGUACAGGAGCAAGGGGCACUGCUGGGGCCGGAUGGCUAAAGGGGGCGCUGGCACCCAAGGGGGCCUGGGGAAGUUGUGUGUUGCGCAGUUAGUAAAAGCCUCUCACUGCUUCCUG